AUGGAUACGAUGAUUAGCGUGUGGACUGUGGUGGAGCAUGUGAGGGUGGCCAGCGGUGCCGCCGAGCUCGCCAUCUUCACGGCGAUCCUCUACUGGUUUUUCACCUCCAGCCGGGUAGCAGACAUGCUCGAGGUGGUCGGAGAACGAGUCGGCGGCUGGUGUGGCAGGGACGCUUCCCUCAGGCAAGCUGUCCGUCCACGACGCAGAAACCACAACGACUUGUACUCCAAACUGGACGCCGAGAUCGCAUCUAGAACGUCAGCUCUGUACAGAGUGAAGGAAGGGCCGGUGGUGCCGCCACCGCAGCCGCCCAGCCGCCCACCAGCCGGCCUGGCGUGCGCUCGCUGCGCCCCCUUGUCCAGGGACUCCUGGCAGGACCCGAAGGCCGUCGACUCGGGCACCGUGAUCAACAUCCUCGACAUUGGUAGGCAGACGUUCGCCAACGGCGGCGUGGUCUCCCGCUACCUCUGCGACCUGGCGCAGUGCCUCAACCUCGUCAAGUACGACUACAAGGAUGUCGUGCCCAGUGUGGCGAACGACGAGCGCUUCCAACGCGCCAUAGAGGACACGACGCAGGAGGAGCUAAGGAAUGCCAACGGCGAUUUGCAGCACUCCGACGGUCUCGACCGGGAAUCGAACCGCUACUUCGAAGUGAGGCGUCGCGUCGAGGCGCGGGCCAUGAAGGUGCUGCUCGACAUAAGCUCGGCCAUGUCGAACAACGUCCUCAGGCUGGUCGCGUGGCUCUGCCACAAAGCGAUACGCAGGAUCGCCGGCGGCGGCUGCAGCACGAGGUCCGAGUGCGUGGAGAGGCUCCGCAGGGCCAAAGCGGCGGGCCUGCCCCUGGUCUUCGUUCCCCUGCACCGGUCCCACUUCGACUACAUCCUGGUCACGUUCACGCUGUACCUGACUGGUCUCCGGCCGCCCUUAGUCGCCGCCGGGGACAAUAUGCGGAUACCGUUCUUCGGAUGGAUCCUGCGCGGCUGCGGUGCGUUUUACAUCAGGAGACGCGUCGACGGCUCUGAAUACCACGGCGACCCUGUCUACAAAUCGGCUCUCAGGGCAUACAUCUUAAACAGCUUGGGCGCCAACAACAACCUGGAAUUCUUCAUCGAGGGAGGGCGUACAAGGACUGGGAAACCACAACCGCCUAAAGCCGGCAUCCUAUCCGUGAUAAUGGACGCCUACCUGGACGGCACCAUCGACGAUGCGCUCCUGGUGCCGGUGACCCUCAACUACGAGCGGCUGGUCGACGGCAGCUUCGUCCGCGAGCAGCUCGGCAUGCCGAAGCAGAUGGAGACGUUCUGGUCAGCGCUGAGGGGCAUAUGGCGCACCCUGAACACCGACCACGGGGGAAUCCGCGUGGACUUCAACCAGCCGAUAUCGCUCAAGGAACUGGUGACGUCGUUCCAGAAGUAUAAAUAUCUCAAGGCGCCGGUGGAGAGGUGUCUGACGCCGCCCAACAACAAUCUGGCCGUGAACCUGGACAAGCAGAUCCUGUACAACCACAGCCACUCGAGCCUGUACGGGGCGGACGUCAGCACGGACCACAAGAUGAUGGUCGAGGCCAUUGGGAGGCAUCUCGUCUACGACGCGGCGCAGUCGACGGCGCUGAUGAGCACCAACGUGGUGGCGUACGCGCUGCUGGCGGAGCGGCGCGGCGGCUGCGGCUGGGCGGCGCUGCGCGCCUGCGUCGAGGCGAGGGGCGGCGCGCUGCUGGCCGACGCGCGCGACCUCGGCUACUCGGGCGACGCCAACGCCGCCCUGGCGCACGCGCUGGACAUGCUGGGCCGCGGGCUGGUGCGUCGCGACAGCCGGCAGGUCAGAGCUCAGAACACGAUCGCCGCUGCAUUGGAGCUCUCGUACUACGCCAACGCGCUCGUCGCCCACUACGCGGCGCCCGCCAUCUUGGCGACCGCGUUAGAGAGCAUAGUCUGCCAACAAGGUCCCGACGAGGAGACCGUGCGUCACGGCGAUCUAGUCGAGGAGUCCCUCCAGCUGUGCGAGAUCCUCAGCCAGGAGUUCAUCCUGUGCCCGCCCUGCCACCGCAUCGAGGAGAGGAUGCUGGACGCCAUCAACUCGCUGCUGGCCAGUGACGUCAUCAGCCAAGUCCAGGUGAACGGUGGUCUAGACGAGCAGCGGUGGUCGCGCCGCUUCGCGCAGACCUUGGACGAUGAUGACGAAGACAGGUCCGACCCGACGAGGCUCAUCAAGUACAGGGUCUCGAAGAGCCCCGAAGCGAUCGCGGAGAGGCGCCGUCUGCUGCUCACCAUCCGCCCACUGCUGGAGGCGUACGCGGCCACGUGCCGCCGGCUGGCCAGCGGGCCGCAGAAGCACCUGGUCACCACCACCCUGGACUGCUUGACCGAGGAGUUCACCCAGAACAGGAUGCCCUACGGAGAAGCAGUUUCCACCGACGCGAUAAGGAAUUGCCUGAAACUGAUGCGGCAAUGGGGCGUCAUCGAAAUGUACACGGAGAACAGAGAGCGGAUGGUCAGACUGGUCCCGCCGUUCGACAACGAGCAGAGUUUGAACGAAGUCUGUGCCAAUGUGUACAAAUUCAACAUGGACACCCCCAUACUAAAUGCUACUAAG